GCCUGCUUGAAGCGUGCCACUUCCCUCCUCCUUUUGGAUAAGACACUGAAGGAGACGGGGUGGACCUCAAGGAGUCUCUUUCCUCCUUUUUCCCCCCUUAAUUUCCCCCCUCUUUACUCCCAAAAGAUGCGGGAUACGAGGACUUGAGGAUUCCUUCGCUCAGCUUUGGAGCCACCAUGUUGACGCGCCUCUUCAGCGAGCCCAGCCUGAUCCCCGAAGUCCAGAAAUUCUCCAGCUGGGCGGACGACUGCGAAGACGACGAGGCGAGCGACAAAGAGGAGCGGAAGUCCAAGAGCUGCCCGCUCCAGGAUGAGUCCAACGACGGGGAAGUCAAAGAGGAGAACGACUUAGCGGGCGAUGACGAGGAAGAGGAGGAGGAGGAGGAAGGCGUCGAGGAGGCCGAAGGGGACCGGCCCAAGAAACGCGGCCCCAAGAAAAGGAAGAUGACCAAGGCCCGGCUGGAGCGCUCCAAACUCCGGCGCCAGAAGGCCAACGCCCGGGAGCGCAACCGCAUGCACGACCUCAACGCGGCCUUGGACAACCUCCGCAAAGUGGUGCCCUGUUACUCCAAGACGCAGAAACUCUCCAAGAUCGAGACCUUGCGGCUGGCUAAGAACUACAUCUGGGCCCUGUCCGAGAUCCUGCGCUCGGGCAAGAGGCCGGACUUGGUCUCCUACGUGCAGACUCUGUGCAAAGGCUUGUCCCAGCCCACCACCAACUUGGUGGCCGGCUGCCUCCAGCUCAACUCGAGGAAUUUCCUCACCGAGCAAGGCCAGGAGGCCGGGAGGUACCACGGGCCCAACUCCACCUUUGCCAUGCACCCCUACACCUACCAGUGCUCGCGGCUCUCGGGCGCGCAGUGCGGCGCCUCCAGCACCAUGGCCAGCUCCCACGCCUUGCGGACGCACGCCUACUGCGCCACCUACGAGUCCCUCUAUGGGAACGCCUCGCCGGACUACAACAGCUCGGAGUACGACGGGCCGCUGAGCCCUCCUUUGUGCGUCAAUGGGAAUUUCUCCCUCAAGCAAGACUCUUCGCCGGACCACGAGAAAAACUACCAUUAUUCUAUGCACUACUCCGCCCUCCCCAGUUCUCGCCCGUCCGGGCACAAUUUGGUGUUCGGCUCGUCCGGAAUGCGCGGUGGCGUCCACUCGGAGAACGUUUUGCCUUACGACAUGCACCUCCACCACGAUCGGGGCCCCAUGUAUGAGGAGCUCAAUGCUUUUUUCCAUAAUUAACGCCUUUUUUUCUCUCUCCCCAUCCACCUCCUCACCCUUUCCCACCCUGCAGCCUUGGGCGUCCCGAUGCGCUUCUGGUUUUACACUGAGCACCUGUAGAUUCCCCAACAGAUUGGCUUGGAAAGGGGAGGGUAUGAUUGGAAACCCUAAAAACACAACGAAACAAACUCCUCGGCCUUCUCUGAGGUUGCCCCGCCGCCGCCGCCCCCCCUCUUUCCAAGACCUGCGACUUUUAAUUCAAUGGUGAGCCGCUUCCCCACCCCCACCCCUUCGGAACUGGAAGGAAUAAUGAUGAUGGUGGUGAUAAUGAUGAUGAUAAUCAUAACCAUAUCUAUUCCGAUCCCUAAACUAGUUGAGCCGGGCGCCCUUGUGUUGAGGUUAACGGGGAGUAGCCGGAUCCUUCAGCCACUUAGGCCGGAACAACGGGCUUCGGAAUCUUUCGAAAGCCGUUUGCGUGCAGCAGCCUCCGCUGAGUUGGAAGCGGACGGCUCCGGCUCAAAGGGGAGGUCCGGGGAAUCGAGAGAAGGGCCCUGCCCGGGAUCCCAUGCGGCUUCAAAUGUGACUGGGUGUCGGGUUGCAGACUGGAUCUGUGAUCCCGUCCCUUUCCUUGCCCCCAAGUUAACGAAAAGAAAUCUGGUGCAAUAUGUUCUCUAAUGCAAUUUUAUACUUUAAAAGAAAACGGGGAAAAAAUCAGACUAUAUAGUUAGACUGUUUAGCUGUGGUCUCGACCAUAGGGAGGAAGGUUUUAAGAUCCAAACUGGAAAUGCUGUUAACACCAGUGUUCAAAUGUAUGGGGGAGGGAGGGCGUUGUCCCAUCCUAAUCGAUUGCCUAUAUCCAACAAUGCCUUAUAGGUAUUUAAUCUAUGACGUUCUUAAAGAUCAGAAUGGCUUUAGAACAAAAUAAUGAGUGAGAUGCAGGGCACUGAGAUGGUGGUUGGGCGGGGGGUGGGGAGGGGGAGGUUUUCCAACCUUCCAGCAACUGAAUCAAGAAUUCGCCGAGCAUUUAAUCUAUUUAAGGACGUUUAAAGGGGGAAAAAUGUUUGCAAACUUUAAGUCAGACUUUCAAUGCAGUGAGAACUUUACAAAGCAAUAAAGGGGCAAACAGAUGAUAAAUAUAUUCUAUCUUUAUCUAUGCAAGUAGGUACUGAAACUAGGAAAAAAAGUUUUUAAAAGGAAGGAAAAGAAAAAAAGGGGGAAACAAUAUCAAGGAAAGGAAUCCAUAUGAAAUAUUAGAAAUAUGGACCAACAAACUCGAUGAGGUUUUAAAUCGUGCACUUUUUUGAUUUGGGGGAAACGGACUAUCGUUAUGUUUCCCUGGUAUUUAACAAUCACGAACUUUUUGAACCACCCUUGUAACCCCAAGUAACUUAUUUUCCAAAAUUUGUCUGUCAUGCUGUUUUUUACCUGUUUUAAAAACGUUAAUUAAAAAAAGAGGGGAAAAAAGAUUUUUAUGAAAUGGGCAAAAAUGUUUUGUUAUGCAUGGAUAGGAGGGGGAAACGCGAAUAUGCAAAUUUUAAAGGUGAUGUGAAGAGAACACUGAUUAUUCUGCUUAAUACUUACGUUGGCUAGUUUUUUUUCCUCUCCCCCCGAAGUUAGUAGUAAAUCUAAGUUCUUUCUUUCUGUAAUGGGUUGGUGGGGGGAGGCAUAUAUUUAUGUAUCAAUACCCCGGUAUAUAAAUCUCUGUAUAAAAAAAAACACAACAUCUUCUAAAGACUCAGACUGGUAUAUUUUCCCCCAACAGAGUAAUGUUUCAUUUCGUGUUCUUUUAAUGACCUUCUUUUCAGCCAGGGGAAGAUUUUAAAACAUUGUCUCCGAUUCCCCACCACUGCCUUCUUCUAAUAUGGCCUGCAUCACCUUAGACAUACCAGCAUUUGUAAAAUUCAAAGGAAAGGGGCAUACAUUCCUGGUCAAUGUUUUUCAAACAAAAAAGAACUAAUAAUACUUUAGGGGGGAAAGAAAAGGAAAGGAAAGAAAUAAGAAAAGUAAAAUAAAAGUUGUAGCCAAUAUGAAAUGUCUAUUGGACACCAGAAGUGCUUUUUCGUGUGUUUCUGUUCUGUUUCCUUAAGAUGAAUAAAUAUUUAUGUCAAAUGAUAUGCUAAAGAAAAAAAGAUUUCUCCAAGUCUUGUUUCAAAUAAGGAGAGCUAUUUUCUCAAUUUUAUUUAUUUAGCUGUUUGCUUAUUGGACACCCUCCCUGUUUGGUUGACCUGCCAAACUUUUAUAUUUUAGAGGAAGGUAUUUGGUUAGAGGAGCAACCUUUCCCACUCUGCUCGUUUCUUAAAUCUCCCUUUUUCUUAGAAUACAGAAGAAAUAAUACUGUUAGAAAGUCAAACAGGUUUUAUGAAUGGAAGGUGUAGAACUGCUCCCUCCCCUCUCCAUACCUUGGCAUUUGCAUUUUUUAGAACUAGGAAGAGGAGAGAAGGUUGGCCGGCAAACUUCCGAAUUGUGUUUUAAAUGCAUGCCUUGGUUAGAGGCCGAAAAGGGAGGGUGUGUGAAGCCCUGGCAUUCAAUGGUAUAUUUUAAGCAUUGAUUUACAGAUCUUCUGUGAAAUGCUUUCCGAACACUUUUUGACGGGCAGAGAGCUGCGAGUCAGCUGUGAUCUUAUUCAAACUUGUAAUGAAGGCGCGUCCUAAGACGACAAUUAAUAAAUAUUAGAUGUUG